AUGGACACCGAUGACAGCGAGAUCGUUUGGGCAAAGUUUUUCGGGCAGCACGACUCGAUCGUGUCGCUACUCGACAGCCAUGCCUCCUUGCUUGUCGAGAUGUGCAAGCAUUGCGCCGAUGGUACCGCUGCACGGGAUAUGAUUCAGUCACGCCUUCUCCAUACGGAAACCUUGAUUGCAACAUUCAAGUCUUCGACAGAGUCAUUGAGAGAGGUUACGAACCGGGAAGAAGUCAUACUCAAAACAUCAGACGGUCCAUCAUCGAAGGUGACCGAGUCGCUUCCACAAUCCCCAGCAGAACCAACGGUCGACCCGAGUGGUCUAUUUUCUGUCGAUCCGAAUCCUUCUGACAUCAACCAUUUGCUCCAAAAGAAUGCCACACCUAAGCGUAAAACUGGUGGCUCUGGGUCAGAAUUUGUUGGCGUUAAUGGAGGAGAACAAGAAGGCCCACCACACAAGAGACCAAGAUCAAACGAUCCUCCUCAGCCUGAGAAUGACGACUCCUUCCUACGAGGAGUGGAAGCCCGAGUUCGAGCAAAAGAAGACCGCAAAAAGGCGAGAUCAGAUAAGAAACGCAAGAGACAGAGCAACGAUGCCAUGGAGGAUGGAGGUAACGGGUCGCGGCAUAAAAAACAAAAGUCCGGUGCACACAAGCCACUCGAAAUGAGACACGGUCGGAACAACAAGAGAUCGAAGGGCGAAUCAGGCAACAACGACGAGCGGCCAACCAAGAAGCGGAAGAAAUCCAAGUCUCGAUAG